UUGAUUUUAUAUUUUUCCUCACUCACGCACGCCCUGGAUUUUCUUCCCCUACGCCUUCACCUUCACCUUCACCACCACCACCUAUUUCUUAUUUUCUCUCUUCUCGAAAACCCUAAUUCAUACGUCGCCGUUUUGUCUUUCUCUCUGAGUUCUCCACAGGAUCAGGAACCGAAGCGUUGGAAUGGGAGAAUAUGAUGAUAAUGGCGAUGAAUCGAAUUUCCAUUUCCUGAUGUGAGGAACAAAGCAUCAACACCUUGGCUAGGUUCUUGUAGGGUUUGUUGAGAAUCUUAUAGUUUUUUUUUUUCUUUCUCGAAUUCUUCUUCGCUUGAUCGGGAAUUGGAAUUGUGAGUUAGAUCAGGAAAUAAGAGAGAGACAUUUGAUUGUGAAUGGAUUAGGAAUUUAAAUUGUCUGAAGAUUUAUUAAUUGUUUUGUGAGAAGCAAGCAUUGAAUUGGAUUUUACUUGAGGAGUAGUAGUAUUAUGGAGAACGUGUGUGAUGUUAAUCACUUGGAUGCUGAUGUUCUUUUGCCUCCUCGGAAGCGUCUUCUUGCUGGAUUGAAAAAACAGAGUUCAGACGGUGAUGCUGCUGCAUCCCCACCUAUGGUUGUUGCUUCUUGUGUUACAACAGUUUCUGAGGUUGCUUCCUCUUCCUAUUCCAGUGAGUUUGAAGCCAGGCUUAAGAAUUUGUUGGGUUCUCAUUCUGAUAACCCUAACCUUACCCCUGAGGAGGUUGUGGAGGCUUCAAAAGCUGCAGCAGUGGCUGCAUCUAAAGCUGCAAAGGCUGCAAGAGCUGCGGCCAAGGAGAAGGCCGAGACUGCAGCAAAGGCAGUUGCAGCUGCCAAGAGGGCUUUGGAUUUAGUUUCCUCCUUCUCUGAAGAGGCAGUGAGCAGCAAGGAGAGGAACCUAAAGAAGAACAAGCUCAAGAAGCACCUCCCAGUUCAUCUCUUGUACAAAAAAUACCAGCCCAUUGAAAAUUGUGGGACUGAUGAAGAAUUGGCCAGGAAGUUACAUCGCGCCAUGAACAGUUCUCCUAGGAUCUCAAAGAAUUCUCCCAAUUCAGACUCAAAAGGGAGUAAACACAAGAAGCCCAAGAACUCUUCGAGUUUUGAAAUGACUGAGGUUUCUGAUGCCCGCAUGGCACUUGGGCAGGAUUGCUUAUCUUUGAACAAUGGGCAUGCAGUGAUGAGUAAGGUUGAUUCUGAAGGCUCCAUUCAAGAAGUGUGCUCAAACAAGGAAGAUAAGAAGAGUCAAAUGGAGAUAACAGAUAAUGGGGAAGCAGAGUCAAGCCAGUCAAAGGAGAAAAACACAGAAGAUUUGUCUUCUGUAGGUAGGAAGAGAGGGAGGGUGAAGCUAAAGAAGUUGCCCUUAAGCAUUUGCACCUCCAAAGAUAGGGCACAGCCAAAGGAAGGUGUGAGAGCUAGAAGUGCUCCAUUGACUGAGAUGAACACUGGUGGCAAUCAUCAUCCUGUUGGUAACAUCCCUUUGUUUCCAAUGGAACCAUCGACUGAAAGAGUGAUUCCAAUUGAGGCUACAACAACAUGCAAAUGCCAGGAGUUCAAGGCACCGGCUUGUAUCAAACAGAAUAAAGCUGUGCAAUCAUAAUAUUCAGAUUCAGAUUUAAAUUGAGAUGACUGGGGGCUAGAGAACUACCAUUACAGAAGUUGAUAGCUGAGGUAGAAAUCAUCAAGUUUUUUUUUUUUUUACAUAUAUGGUCUUCUUUUUUUGCUAUCAUCUUUGGUUCUGUAAUGAAUUUGAACUGACUAAAUGUAAAUUUAGAUUUUUAGUUGCUUGCAUUACUUCUUUCGGUUCAAAAGUUGUGCUUCAGGUUAAUUGAUGGCCAAGCUUGAGUUUAGAUAGGAAGAUGCCAUGAAUUGAACAGCUUUUCCAUUUGUGCUGCUUAUAAGCUUUUUAUUCCAUCUCGCAUUUGUAUUGAGAAUAAAAUGAGAAAACUUGUUAGUCUUCUA